UGAAGAAAUAAUGAGGAUUCAAAUAACCACCUUGAGAAGCGUAAGAGUGUUUUGCUUUGUAGGAGUUACACUUAGUCUGAUUGCGGGUGGAUACUCAGAAUAUAGCGAAGACAGAUCGAAACUGCGCAUGCGGAGAGGUACAUCUGUACUUUGCAGCUAUUCGAGUGAAGCGCAACGCGUCGGAUUGGAGGCUUUUGUUCGCAAGGUCAAAACAACCUACUACAAGAUGAAUCCAAACAAUGUGGUUUAUGACCCGGAUUCAACACCUGAAUCAGUCCGACGAGAAUUCUUUCCAUACAACUCCCAUCCAAGCGCGAUUCGAAGGCGAACGGACUCUGCGAGAGCUCUUUACCAAGAAGCCAAUAAACUUGAGAACACAGUGAGUAGCAACAAGCUUAAGCCUCGCGAGAGCAAGGCAAUAGCUCAAGUGAAGCACUUUCUACAAAGCAACUUUGGAGCGCCCUACGAAGAGAAUUACUAUGCUGGAGACUGGAUGCUUGGACCUGGUUCAUUCUGUUGGCAUCCAAUAUGUAACAUGGGCUACGAUCUGCAGGCUCAUUUUACCUACCAGGGGUGGGGUAUACAGCCUAAGACGGAAGAUGAUGUGAACUAUGUGAUAGAUCGGCUAAAGCUGGUGAGAGAUUCGAUAUUGCAGUACAUUGAAAACAUGAAAUACGGUAUAAAGGUGGGAUUUGUACGUUCAGCGGAAGAUUGCCAAUAUGGAUUGUACUCCUUACAGCGAGCCUACAUUAAAGUUUCCCAACUUGGGCCCAAGGGUGUGCUGAGAGAAUCUUUCACGCAACAAAUUGUUGAUCCAAAAUGGCUGGCAAUACUCGAUAAAAGCGCCUUUGACACAUGGGAGAAGAAACACAAGGUCUCUGUUAAUACCUCCAUAAAUGAGGCUUUGGUGGCAUACAUAGGGAAACCGCUGGAUAAGUUAUUAACUUACUUGGCCUUCAACCAUUCGCAGUACUGCGCCCCGAGUAUAUUGUCCAGCGGCUUGGCUUCGCUACCUUUAUCGUACAUUUACAAAUAUGGAAAAAAUACGAAAAUACGAACUACUGGAAAACUACCUACCGGAGAGUCCUUGAAUGGAAAAAGAGCCUACGAGAUGAUGCUUCCUUACUUUACGACAAUAGAAAUGACACCAGAUGAGGUGUAUUCCUUAGGGGAGAGAAUGCUUGGUCAGCUUUAUCCAAAGGCGGUUGAAAUUGCUAAGAAAAUUACAAACAAAACAUGUGAAGACCAAGCCAUAGAAGAACUUAAGAAACAUUUGGAAGAUCGUAGCAUGUAUUUCAACGACGAGAAGAUUCCACAGAACGAGAGUAACAAAGACGCAUUUGAUAAGUGCACUAGUAUGGCGAAGGCAAAGAUUUACUGUCCCAAGAGAUAUCAAGCUAUGAAGGCGUGGUUUGAAUAUGUGAACUCUCUGCUUGGUGAUCUCGAACCAAAAACGACUCACAUGUUUUAUUUCACUGGUGAACAUCAAAGCACUCCAAAUUGUCCGGUUCAGUUGGUCUCAAAUUUCAAUCCAGGGACUGGAUCCCAGAGUUACAGAUCCAGUGAUAGCGAUUGCACCAAACCUGCGCAGUAUAGACUGCCGUUCUUUAUGAAGGACCUGGGACCAAAAUACAGUGCUCUCUCAGUUGCUGCACACGAGGCAAGGCCUGGGCACCACACACAGAGUCAAGGUUUCAAGGAGUUAUUUUAUGACAAGUGCGAGGAUGUUAUCAGUUGGUUGAACGGCAUCUCUUAUUAUACUGCAUUUACGGAGGGCUGGGCUCUAUACGCUGAGAAUCCGCUGAUCGCUACAGAGACAGACGCUUAUGCCGACAAACCGCUGCAGCUGUAUGGCAUGAUCAAGUGGCAAAUAUGGCGGGCACUGCGCUUGAUGAUAGACUCUGGGCUUCAUUAUAAAGGAAUGAAACGACGGGAAGCGUUGAAACUCUUUGCCGAGAAAGCCUGGGACAGAACUGACAAAGCCGAGAAAGACGUUACAAGGUAUCAAAGCAACCCGGGUCAGGCCACCGCGUACAUGAUUGGUCAGCUGCGGAUAUGGCAAGUUCGAAAUGAUACUAAGGCUAGAAUUGAGGCACAUAAAAAGACUUUCAAGGAAAAAGACUUUCAUUAUCAGGUUUUAUCACAAGGAUCCUCGCCACUGACUCAUUUGGAAAGUCACAUGAGGAAAUUUGCGGACUGCGUCAUUCAGCCACAUUCAGAGGGUUGUGAAUACAUUAUAAGGAGCCUAAGUGACGAAACAGUCAUGGAUGAGGUUACCAAGAAGCCCCAUAAACCAUUUCGAGACCAACCAUAUCAAGAACACUUUGAUUGAAUUUUGGUAUAGAACGCUGUAUGCAAAUGAAAGAAAUAACCUCCUCAAUUAUCAAACCACUUGGCUGGGGUUCAAUGCCUAAUAUGAAUAGAAAAUGUUUUCUCUCUUGCCGCUGGAGAAGGUCUGCUGAAGCCAAAAUAUCUGAAAUUGACCAAAAGCCGAUAAUCAGAUCGUUUCAAAAAGAAAACUCGUCAUAUAAGAGCUUUUAAUGAUUCUUUGCCACUAAUAAUUCAGACACUUUUUGACUUCACCUUUCUAAUGAGUUUUCCGCAAAAACUUUUAGCAUGGGGCAAACGUGUGGGUGACUUUAACCAAAUAGGCGACAAAUCGACAUCUAGCGAAACGAAGAAAAAUUUGACGUUAUGGCUAUUAUAAAAAACAACCAAAAGAAAAAUGAAAUUUGGAAAGUUCGCAUAUAGAGAUCUCAUAUAACUUUCACAGAGCUACAGUGUGAAGUAUUUAAUCAAUAAGAACUUGAUUGCCAACGAAGUUUAAGGAUUGUUGGCAAUUUCAUAUUCGUUCUACACUACCGCUUGCAAUU